AGUUAUUUCAGGUAUUAUCUUUGUUUUCAGAAAAAGAAAACUAAGUAGAAGAUCAUGGCAAGUCCUGACUGGGGAUAUGAUGGCGAAAAUGGUCCUGACCAAUGGGGCAAGCUGUACCCCAUUGCAAAUGGAAAUAACCAAUCUCCCAUUGACAUCAAAACCAGUGAAGCCAAACACGAUGCCUCUCUCAAACCUAUCAGUGUCUCCUACAAUCCAGCCACAGCCAAAGAAAUUGUCAAUGUGGGACAUUCCUUCCAUGUAAACUUCGAGGACAAUGAUAACCAAUCAGUGCUGAAAGGCGGUCCUCUCUCUGAAACCUAUAGGCUCCGUCAGUUCCAUUUUCACUGGGGUGUCACAGAUGACUAUGGUUCUGAGCACUUAGUGGAUGGAGUCAAAUACGCUGCAGAGCUUCAUGUAGUUCACUGGAAUUCUGCGAAGUACUCCAGCCUUGCUGAAGCUGCCUCAAAGGCUGAUGGUUUGGCAAUUAUUGCUGUUUUGGUGAAGGUGGGUCAGGCCAACCCAAACUUGCAGAAAGUACUCGAUGCCCUAAAAGCAGUUAAAACUAAGGGAAAACAAGCCCCAUUCACAAAUUUUGACCCCUCUGCUCUCCUUCCUUCAUCCCUGGAUUACUGGACCUACUUUGGCUCUCUGACGCAUCCUCCUCUAUACGAGAGUGUAAUCUGGAUCAUCUUUAAGGAGAACAUCAGUGUCAGCUCAGAACAGCUGGCACAGUUCCGCAGUCUUCUAUCAAAUGCUGAAGGUGACAAAGAAGUCCCCAUUAAGCACAACAACCGACCACCCCAGCCUCUGAAGGGCAGAACAGUGAAAGCUUCAUUCUGAUGGGCCCGGGAAGAAAUUUAUCCUCCUCAAGGAAUACUGCUCUGCUUCUGAUGUAAUCAAAUAAAACAAGUUUUAAGAAACAAGUUCAUUUCAACACUAACAAGACAGCCUACUUGCAAAUUUAGAACUAAAACUAAACGAGAACUAAAAAACUUCAAUUUUUGUUCUUAAUGCUUAACUCAAAUAGUAAUCUGUAAGUUUACAAAACUUGGGCUUAAAUUCAAGUCUACUUUGUUGAGUUCUUUAUAAUCACAAUUAAGGUGUACUUAAUUUCUUAGUGAUUUGUAUCUCUUUCCAUUUUAUUCAGUUUAAUUGAACCAAUAAAAUAAUUGUAUCCCUCUC